UGAAGGAAAACAAUGACAAUUAGCAUGGGCGCCCAAACGUUUACAUACCACUGUAAAUGUGGGUUGGUUGCAUUCUAGGAUAAUAUUGGUGUAUUUAAACUCAAUACAUAUUCAUAAAUACAUUUAAAUGCAUAACAUUUAAGCUUAUGUUUCUAGAAAUGGAACAGUUUAAGUGAAAAUCUGUCUCAUAGUCUCAUACUUUGGAAAACCCACAUUAAAUAGAGAUAUAUCUGACAGAGUGAUAAAUGCAAAGCGGUACUCACUGAUCCAUUUUAAAGCACAUUUUUAUUUUGAAAUUGUCUACAAUUUGUAAGGACUGAGUUAAGGUUGUGUAAGGUGUCUAGUAUUUGCAUCUUAUACUAGACACCUUACACUGUGUUGUCAACAGUGGGUAGAACCACACAGUGCUUUUCUCAAGAGUUGUGGCUUCGUGGCAUGACUUGCAGGCUGAAAACUUCGUCACUAUGCACAAAAUCAACCAAUUGUGUUCAGUCUCAGUGUUUUUCUACAGUUUCACUCUCACAGAUCUUCUCAUAAGUUAAGACAUCAGGAUGCUGUUAAUAACGAGCCCCACUGCAGAUAAUGAAGCACACAUAAAGAAAAUGUAGUUUCUGUGUAAUUUGUUUUUUAAAAAUCUUUUUUAAUUUUAAUGCGGUAGUACUGUUUUUAUCAUUCUGUUAUCUAAGAGCGAUAAUGGCACGGCAAACAAACAGACUGGAUGAGAAAAAAAUCUGCUGCUCGAUCUGUUUGGAUCUCCUGAAGGAUCCGGUGACUAUUCCCUGUGGACACAGCUACUGUAUGAACUGUAUUAAAAGCUACUGGGAUGAAGAGGAUCAGAAGAACAUCCAGAGUUGCCCUCAGUGCAGACAGACCUUCAUACCGAAGCCUGCUCUGAAGAAAAACACUGUCUUGGCAGAGUUAGUGGAGGAGCUGCAGAAGACUGAACUCCAAGCUUCACCUGCCGAUCAUGGCUAUGCUGGACCUGAAGAUGUGGCCUGUGAUGUCUGCACUGGGAGGAAACUGAAAGCCAUCAAGUCCUGUCUGCAGUGUCUGGUCUCUUACUGUGAGCAGCACCUCCAACCUCACUAUGACUCUACUGCCUUUGAGAAACACAAGCUGGUGGACACAUCAAAGAGGCUUAAGAGAAUCAUCUGUUCUCAACACAGUGAGGUGAUGAAGAUAUUCUGCCGCACUGAUCAGCAGUGUAUCUGUUAUUUGUGCUCCAUGGAUGAACAUAAAGGCCACGACACAGUUUCAGCUACAGCAGAAAGGAAUAAAAAGCGGAGAGAACUUGGGGUGAGUCGAAAGAAAAUCCAAGAGAGAAUCCAGGACAAAGAGAAAGACAUGAAGGUGCUUCAGGAGGAGGUGGAAGCCAUCACUCAGUCUGCUGAUAAAGCAGUGAGGGACAGUGAGAAGAUCUUUAAUGAUGUAAAACAGCGGAUCAGAUCUCGUCAGAAAGCUGAAGUGUGUCGUGCAAGAGAGCUUCAAGACAGAAUAGAGAAUGAGAUCACUGUGCUGAAGAGGAAAGAUGCUGAGCUGGGGCAGCUCUUUCAUACACAGGAUCACACCCACUUUCUCCAGACUUACACCUCACUGUCACAGGUGCAUGAAUCUGUUGGAUCACUCGACAUUAAAACAUGUACUUUGCACUACUUUGAGGAUGUGAUGACAGCUGUGUCAGAGUUUAAACGUAAACUACAGGAAAUACGUUUUGGUGCCGCAGGCUCACAGUUAGAGGGGGAAGUGGAUGCGGUAACGUCUCGACCUGAGCCCAAAACCAGAGCUGAGUUCCUCCGACUUUCACAAGAACUAACGCUGGAUUUAAACACAGCAAACACAAGUCUCUUAUUUGAAGGGGACAAAAAAGUCAAAUGUAUGAGUAAAAAAUUUGUAUAUCGUCAUCACUCAGACAGAUUCAUCAACAGACAUCAAGUCCUGAGCAGAGAGAGUCUGACUGGAUGUUGUUACUGGGAGGUGGUGUGGAGUGGAGGAGCACUUUCAGUGGCAGUUUCAUACAAGAAUAUCAGCAGAACAGGAGAUGAAAGUUUGUUUGGGAACAAUGACAGUUCUUGGGCACUGGAGUGUUUCAAAAAUGGUUAUGAACUGAGGCAUAACAAAAUCAGAACUGUCAUUUCAGGCCCUCAGUCACCCAGAAUAGGAAUAUACGUGGAUCACAGAGCGGGUAUUCUGUCGUUUUACAGUGUCUCAAAAACUAUGUCUCUCCUGCACAGAGUCCAGACCACAUUCACUCAGCCGCUCUACGCUGGAUUUUGGCUUUAUGUUGGAUCGUGUGUUGAGCUGUGUGAGCUCAAGUAGUCUAGGAAAAGAGGUCUCUCCUAAAGAGGUCAGGCAAAAUAUAUCCAUUUCCUAUUAAUGCAGUCUGAUAUACCAUUAUUUCUUUCCUCAUCCUUUGCUUUUAACAUAGGAGAAAUGAAUGACAGUUGAACUUGUUGUUGGUUGCUAGAAGUUACAUUGCAAAAGCCUGUAAAAGCACCAAUUGUGAAUUGGGAAGUUAAAAUUUUGGACAUGAAGCUAAUGGGAUCUUACCAUUGUCAUGUUCUUAGGAAAUUAAAGAUGAUAAGUUUUUGUCAUUUUAAUUUAUUUUUGUUUUCUAUAUGUUUUAUUGUUGGGAUUUUUUUUCUCUAUAAGCUAAGUGUUUUAAAAGCCUGGCUGGAUCUGGGCAUUGCAAAAUAGCAUAGAUUAUAAGUGCAGUGAUGUGGCAUGGAUCUGUGUUACUUGCUAUAAAAAUUAACAAAAACAAAUAAAAGAAAGUAAUUAAAAAUCUUUAACUGGAGGUGAGAAGAUAGUGUGUCACAGCUCCCCCAUUUAAGCAAAAACAAAAAUUGCCUAAAAUUGAUUACCUCAGUAAGUGUGUGUGAUAGAGAUGACUUCAGAUGUUGAGGAAGAACUCAAUUGCACAAGGCACCUGGACUGUUAAGGACAGCAUAAGUGCUGGCCAGUGGGAGAGUGGGGACAAUUGGAUCAUCCUGGGUCAUUUGAAGCAGCGUUUUGAGUUUUCUUGUAUUUUAGUGUAAUUUUGUAUUAUGGUUUAUGUUUAGGUUCAUUACUUGGUCAGGAAUUUAUUCUGCAUUUUGAAUUGUCUAGUUUCCCCUGUUUUCCCCCCUGUGUCUUUGUCCUGUGUCCCUCUCUAGGGUGGCUGUAGCUCAGGAGGUAGAGCAGGUCACCUACUGAUCGGAAGGUUAGUGGUUCCAUCCCUGGCUCCUCUAGUCUGCAUAUCAAGUAUCCUUGGGCAAGAUACUAACCCCAAGUUGCUCUCCAAUGUAUUCAUUGGAGUAUGAAAGUAGUUAGGAAGUAUAGAAAGAAAGUGAAUGUGGCAUGAUGUAUAGAGCGCUUUGAGUACUCCGGGAGAGUAGAAAAGCACUAUAUAAGAAUCAGUUCAUUUACUCUCUUUGGGUUUGUGUGUGCGUCUUGCUCUCCUUUUCUGUUCCCAUGUUCCCCCUCCUCAGGUUCAUUGUCCUCUCCUGUCUGUCAUGUUUAUCCAUGUUUCUGCAACUCCCCUGUCUCUUGUCCCCUCUCGCUCCCUCUCCCUUACCUGUUCCCUUGUUGCUCUCCUUGUGUUUCAUCUCGUCUCCCCGUUUGCAUCCCUGUUUAUCCCUGGUGUGGUCUUAGGUCUGCGUCUCUGUGCUUCCUGUUUUAUUUUGACAGUCAAGUGUCCUGUGUUCAGUGUGUUCAGUUUUGCUUCCUCCUGUUACAUUAUGUUUAUUCACCCCAGCUGUGCUACCCAUGUGUUUCCUCUUCCCUCUUCAUCCCUCAAUUUUUCCAGUUCAGGUUUUGUGUUAGUUU